UUGUGUUAUGACAGAUUAUUACAACAAACAUGAAGUUGAGUGUUGUGAUAGUGUCUUGUGCUCUUGUGCUGGCAACAGCCAAAGAGGAAGUUAAAAAACAAGAAAAAAGGGGUCUUUCUGAGUUCGCAAAUUACGAAGGAUUUCACCACGAGCCUGAAAAACAUCACGAGCACGAGGAGCAUCAUGAACAUCACGUCAAGACCAUCACCGUCGUCAAGAAAGUUCCAGAACCUUAUCCAGUAGAAGUUGUCAAGAAGGUUCCAUACGAGGUUAAAGUUCCAGUUGAUAAGCCCUACCCUGUCUACGUGCCGAAACCAUACCCGGUAUACGUUGAGAAGAAAGUUCCCUAUGAAGUCAAAGUACCCGUACCUCAACCCUACACCGUAGAGAAGAAAGUACAUUACGAAGUCAAAGUACCCGUAGACAAACCCUACCCUGUACAUGUUGAAAAGCCUUACCCUGUAUACGUCGAGAAGAAAGUCCCCUACACUGUAGAAAAGAAAGUACCGUACGAAGUUAAAGUCCCCGUCGAAAAGCCAUACCCUGUACACGUUACCGUCGAAAAGAAGGUGCCCUACCCUGUGGAGAAAAUCGUACAUUAUGAAGUCAAAGUGCCAGUAGAGAAACCAGUUCCAGUCCACGUCGAAAAACCUGUACCCGUACAUGUUGAGAAGCCUGUACCUUACAAAGUUGAAAAAAUCGUCCAUUACCCGGUUCAUGUCCCUGUAAAGGUCCCUAUUGAAGUACCAUACCACGUAGAAGUUAAAAAGGACUUUUACCAUCCAAAGAAACACGAAUCCCACGGCGAAAGCGAAUUUGGAGAAUACCAUUUUGGAAGUGGAAGCAGCCGAGUGGAAACCAAGCUGGGAUCAUCUGGAUACAUGUCUAUUGUCCGACAUUAAAAUUGUGAUUAAAAUUAGAUCUAUUACUUUCUGGUCAUAAUCUAAUAAUUUAUGCAAAAUGUUAAAAAUUGUGUAUUAAAAAUAAAUGACGAUAUUAA